CUUAUCAUUUCACUUGAUACAGACAGCAGGACUUUUCUCCAGUCAUGAUUCAGGUUACUUCACCUGUGUUUGUGCUUCUACUGUUUGUGUUCCAGGCUGUUGUGGUGAGGGCCAACUCUGGAGACAAUCUGGUAAGAAACAGAAGAGAAUGGAUUCCCCCGCCAAAACCACUGGAGGAAAAUGUAGACUACACACAACAGUCAUCUAUUGCCAGGAUUCAUUCAGAUUUUGACGAUGGCAAAGGGAAUAUUCAAUACUCGCUAGAAGGCAUUGGUGCAAACCAAUAUCCCUUCCAUGUGUUUGUGGUCGACCCUAAAAGUGGACACAUUCGUGUGACCAAAGUGCUUGACAGGGAGUUCAUUGAUACGUACUAUCUGUCAGGUGUUGCUACAUACAGUGACGGCAGGCUGGCAGAGAAAAAAAUUGACAUACGAUUCAAGGUUGUAGAUGAGAAUGACAAUGCUCCAGUUUUUGGAGCCAUCAAGCAUGGGGAGGUGGAUGAGCUCAGUCCUGCAGGGACUUCAGUUAUGAAAAUCAGUGCAACUGAUGCUGAUGAACCGGGGCAUGUGAACUCUCAGAUCGCGUAUACCAUCAUAGAUCAGAAUCCACCCGAUGACAUGUUCUACAUUACCACUGAAGGGACCAUCUACGUCAAAAAGCUUUUGGACAGAGAGAAAGAAGAUCACUACACUCUGAUGGUGAAAGGUCAAGACCUAAAUGGCAAACCAGGGGGAAACAUUGGAACCAGCACUGUUACCAUUAAGGUCCGAGAUGUGAAUGACAACCUUCCCACUCUGGAAAAAGAAGAGUAUGAGGGCAGCAUUGAGGAGAACACACAGGGUGUGGAAGUGAUGAGAAUCAAAGCAGAGGACCUGGACCAGGUUGGCACAGACAACUGGGAAGCUGUGUUUGAUAUUGUCAAAGGCAACGAGGCUGGGUACUUCAGCAUUAGAACAGACCCCAACACCAACGAGGGCAUCCUAAUGCUCGACAAGGCUGUGAAUUAUGAGGAUGUCAAAGACCUUGAACUAGGACUAACUGUGAGAAACAAGGCUCCACCAUUUGAUGGAUCGGUGGUAAAUGCUGGAGCUGGUAUAGGUUUUGCAGGUGGAGCAGGUGGAGCAGGUGGAGAAGGUGGAGCAGGUGGAGCAGGGGGUACAGGGGGGGCAGGGGGAACAAGAGUUGGAUCUGGAGGAUCAUCAUGGCAAAGUGGGACAUAUUUUAAAACCUAUCCAAUCAAAGUCAAUGUGAAGAACCAGCCUGAAGGGCCACGUUUUGACCCCAAAGUCAAAGCCAUUCCCAUCUCAGAGGGUGGCCACUCCAUCAACAUUAAAGAUGUUAUUGCCCGCUACCCUGCAAUAGAUGGAGACACUGGGAAACCAGCUGAGAAUGUCAGGUAUGCCAAGGGCUCAGACCCUGACAACUGGCUAACCAUCGACCCAAAGACAGCUGAGAUCAAACUGAACAAGAUGCCUGACAGAGAAUCUCCAUUCCUUGUUAAUGGGACAUAUAUUGCCAAAGUACUCUGCAUUACAGAAGACAUGCCUGCAGAAACAGCCACCGGCACUGUGGCCAUCCAGGUGGAAGAUUUUAAUGACCACUGCCCCACCCUGACCAGUAACAUCCAGACUAUGUGUGCUAUGGAUGAUGCUGUUAUUGUGAACGCUAAAGAUGAGGAUGCAUUUCCUAACGGACCUCCUUUUGACUUUGUCAUUGUCCCAGAAGGAACUGAGGGCAAGUGGCAAGUGGAGCAUCUUAAUGACACUGCAGCUAUCCUGAGGGCCCUGGUGUCCCCAUGGCCUGGUUUCUAUGAGGUGGAGUUUGUGGUGAGGGACGAGCAGGGAGAUGCCUGUCCAGAACCACAGAAAAUGAGAGUCCAAGUUUGUACCUGUGAGGAUGGAGUAGUGUGUGGGAAAAAAGGCACCAAUGGUCAGCCCAACAAAAGAGCAGAGUUAGGUCCUGCAGGCAUUGGACUGUUAUUCCUGGGCCUUCUACUGUUGGCGCUCAUUCCUCUGUUGCUGCUCUUCUGCCAAUGGGGGGGGGCUGCGGGUCUGUCAGGGGGCUUUACUGAAAUACCUUUCGACACCAAAUCACACCUCAUUAACUACCGCACUGAGGGCCAAGGAGAGAACACGGAAGUGCCACUGCUGAACAUGCCAGCACAAAUGGAUGGAGAUAUGGCAAAUGUGGUUAUCGGCAUGGCUAGCAAAACUUCAGCAAUGGCGCAGUCAGUCACUUCCAUUGAUGGGAUAAACAGGGCCAUCUAUCAAGGAGGUUUUGGAAGUGACCAUAUGAAAGGAACAUGGGGGAUGAUGAACCAGCAAAUCGGCAGUGGCUUCUACUCUGAGUUUGAAGGCAGAGAAUCGGGAGGAGGUGGCGGAAUUUAUGAUGGCAUGGCUCUGCCAGACCACUUCCUUGGACAAUACUACACUCAGAAGGUGACAAAUGGAAACAAGAAUCUUGGAGUGAAGGACAGUCUGUUGGUUUAUGACUAUGAAGGUCAGGGUUCUACUGCUGGUUCAGUGGGCGGCUACAGCCUCCUGGAGUCUGACAACGACCUACAGUUCCUCAAUGACCUCGGACCAAAGUUUAAAACCCUGGCUGAGGUGUGUGGAGGCAAGACAAUCCCAACUGAAGUCAAACAAGUGUGCACUCCUCUGCCCAGUGCCUCCACUCAGACCUCAGUAUCAACUUUCAGGACUGCCCCACAGCUGCCCCCUCCACCCAAGCUGCAGCCAACAAGCCCCAAAACAGAGCAGGUUGUGCUCAGGGAGACAUCUGAGCGUUCUCAGAUGGUGAAGGAAAGCAUGGCCACCGUGAGGGGAGGGAUAGCAAAUCAAGGCCAGAUGGUCCUGCUACAGCAGCAGCAGCCUGUGUACUACACCACCACCCCUGUGCUGCAGCCGAUGCACUACGUAGUCCAGCCACAGGUUCAUAACACCAUGCUGCUGGCUGAGGCACCGGCCACCAACCUGCAGGGCAUGGUACUGGUUAACGGCACCCAGAUUGGACCUGCCAAAGGAAUGGUUAUUCAGGGGCAGACAGUGGUGUCUAGCGAACAAUACCAGGGCCCCAACAUGGUGCUGGUAGAGAAGAGUGGGGACCAGGAGGGCAAUUACAAUCUGACCCACACUGAAAACUUCUCUGGCUCCCAGACCAUGAUGGUCGUGGAGGGCACGGUCCCUGUAGGGCCAAUGAAAGUGCUGAAAGGGAGCCAGACCUGCCUCGCUCAGGGAGGUACCCUACAGGCAGGAGGGCCAUCGGGAUCUCAGAGUCCUGGUGGUCGGAGGGCCAACAAACAGUGGAGGGCAGCAGGUCCAGGAGACAGGAGGUCUGUCCAAGAAGAGUGAUGUCUCUGGUUCUCAAAGAGUCCUCUACAGCAAUGUACAUUUACAGUGUACUAAUAAAACUAAAGGUUUCUUUGCCAUUCUUUUUUUUGGUAAAA